GGCCUAUAACGUAUACAAGAAGUACAUAAUCACUCAACGUCACCACCUGCGCGAUGACACCCCUCCUUUCACCUGUCCCAGGUGAGAAAACAGGUUAGACGAUAGGCCCAGCGCCCUCGUGAGGACGCAAGCGGACGUUAAAAAAAAUAGAGGUGGGUCAAAGCGAAGGAAUUCACUUUGAAAGAGAACCAGGAAGUUAACAACAAGAGCUUUGGACGUCGGCUCUGAACGGGCAAGAAAACAACAGAUUCUUCAUCGAACUACGAUCUAACUGAAGUAAAGGAAAAAGAAAGGAACAUUUAACAGAUUUUGUGGGCAGUCUGCUUCAUCUCUGCGGGCGUAUCGCUUCCACGUAUUUUUUUAAAAAAAGGAAUAUGGAACAUAACAUGGAGCAGGGGGGCGAGGAGGAGGCGGUGGUGGAGCAGAACCGGGUCAAGGCCCUGCAGUCCCAGGUGGACGGGGUGAAGGACAUCAUGACGCAGAACGUGGACCGCAUCCUGGCCCGCGGGGAGCGGCUGGACGACCUGAUGGGCAAAACGGAGGACCUCCAGGCCGGGGCCCAGAACUUCAAGCACACGUCUCAGAAGGUGGCCCGCUCGUACUGGUGGAAGAACGUGAAGCUGGUGGUGGUCAUCGUGGUGGUCGUGCUCAUCAUCAUCCUCAUCAUCAUUCUGCUGGCCACGGGAGUCAUCCCCACCAGCUCCGGCACCACCCCCCCUGCCCCUGCCCCCACCAAAAAACCCUGAGGAAAAACUGAGAAGCACUCUCACCCCCCCUCCCCCUCUCCCAAUAGCAGCUCCCCAAAAAUCCCCCAACCCACUCAAAUCGCGUAUGUAAUCUGGAAAAUACCUACAAUGCCCAAAGCAAACAGAUGUACACACACACAAGCAAUAAAAAUGCAUAUCCGCAAGUGUACAAACCCGCUUCCUUGAAGCACACGCAUACUCCGCUCCUUUAGAAAUGUACAGUGGUAUGUUUCACACUGGACUGCUGCAGGCCAGACCACAAAAAUACCAAGCAUUUCCUCCUGGGGUUUCCUAAGCGUGUAGUACCGCUUUUAACCACUAGGGUGCGGUAACUCCUUUGAGGAAGGUUAUAUAAGACUACACAGCCCAGUUUAAAAAAUAAAAAAAAUUUUUUUAUUACAGAUGGAUAGGUAAGCAUCAUUUUUUAUUCAUAGUUCAGCUGUCGUUGGUUUGUGGAAAUGGGGUUAGUGACAGCUAGAAUGAGCCCAAAAUUAGAUGCUUCAAGGAGCUUCUCCUCAGAUAAUUUCUGUCCUGACACCAUUCUGCUUGUGAGCCAUUAACUACUUAUCACAAAGCUUUUUUCUUUUUUUGUUCACGGAUGACAAGGAAGGUGGAGGUUAAUUUUGUUAUCUGCUAUUAGCUUAGAACGAGGGCUGUAGUCCUGAAGCUGUUAAAUUAGCUUGUUAGCACAAACACAUAUUGAAAUCUUGUGGCAGUUGCCAUUUUAAGAUCAGUUUACUGACUGUACAGCGGUCUAUCCUGUAUUUGAAGGACGGCCAUCGGUGAUUGAAUCAACGGUUUCAGUUGCAACUCGUAUGCAACCUGUGAUAUUGGCCGAUGUGUAAAUAGAGCCAAAACACAAUCAUUUUAGAAUUAAUUGGGAAAGGGCUCCAGUGGGUGUUUGAUGGGAAAGUUGGUUGUGAUGAGGCACAUUGUGGUGCCACUGAUCCACACUCUGGUGAAGGGGGGGAGGUUACUCUGAAUAGUUACAUGAACAUAAGUAAAUAGGGAAAUUAUAGUAUAAAUAUAUUAGAGGGAAUGUAUGCAAUGAGAACAGUCAUGCUGUAUUGUAUUUUUUUUUUCUUUCAUGUAUUUUGUGUCUCUUCUUCCCCCCCCCCCCCCCCACUUUGUUAGAUUGAGCUUCAGCUAGCCUGGUUGCCAGGAAGUCUCCAGGUUUCCCUCCAUCCCCCGAUCAUGUGACCAAUGCAGCCAGUCAGGUGGGAGGGUGGGCUGGCGUCACAUUGUGUGUUUGCUCCAUUGGGUCAAUCUGUGUUGUCUGCCUCACUGGGGAACAACGAGGCUCGUAGGCACAAAGUCCCUCAGAACAGGACCACAGAUCUGGGGUCUGUUCUUCCGUUUGGCUCGUAAUGGAUGAAGUAAAGCUAUGGACCACGAGAGCCUGAUCCUAGUUCAGUCAUUCUGCUCUGAGAGACUUUGUGAAUACAGGACUCGGUCACUAGACUUGCUUGUUCCUGCUGUGGAUGCCACCCCCCCCGCCCCCUCUGUCUUUGACCUUUCCUGUAACCCCGAACUGAACACUGAGGCCAGUAUCCAUGAUUUGCAACGCACCAGUAUAGCCGUGAGCCUCCAGCCCUCUAGGGGGCACUCUAGUGGGGCAGGGGGGCAGUCAGAUUAUUGGAAAGCAGCUAAAUUCUUCACCAUGCCUUAAAUUCAUCAUUCAAAAUGAGCAUGCACGGAACCGCUAUCGCCCUCCCACCCCCCACCCCCCUCCCCGGACUGGAACUGGCAACAUCUUGCUUGAGAGAGUGUGCUGCAUAUUUUGCAGCUAUGUGUGAAAAAUGGCAGUUAGCACCGUUGGUGUUUUGAAUGUGAAUGUUAGUGAAGACUGUGCGCCUCUUGCGUUGUCCACCUGGCUUUUGCAAGGUCAAGGAAUCUUCCCUUGUGCUUGUACAUAGCUGAAGAUUGUCUGUGUGUGUAUAUUUGUAAAACUACCAACCUCUAAGCCCUUCGGUAUGUUCGAAUCAGAGUUUAUUUAUGUUUUAUUAUUAUUAUUAUUAUUAUUAUUAUGGAAAAAAAUUCUUAAUGAAAUUAAAAUACAUUUUAUUCUGUC